ACAAUACAUGUUUCUAUACCACUGGGUUUUCAUUACCUGGAGGCAGGUAACCUAGACCAUUUAAAUCUUCAACCUAAGAGACACUUGAGUCACCAAUAGGUGACUGGAAAUGCGCGGUGAAGCGUGUUUUUGAGUUGCUUUAAGUGCUAGUGUGUCAACUUCGCUCACCGCGAGACAACCCAGCAAAUCCACUGUCUGCACGGCAUAGGACAACACUCUGGGUAAUGUUUCACAGAAGCUAAACACGGGUUGCAUAAAAGCAAAAAGACGAACCGCAGGGGUGUAAUUAGCUCCCUGCACAGCACAGGACAGUGUUCAGUAGUGUGACUGUGGCUGUGGAAAGAAGAGAUAUGCAGUCUGUGGUUAAACAAAACCUCCACUCAGAGAGUGAGGCAGACAUCAACAAACUCAUCAACCUGAAGCUCAAUGCAUCCUAUACCUACCUUGCUCUGGGGAUGUACUUUGACAGGGACGAUGUUGCCCUGCCAAAGUUCUCCAGUUUUUUCCUGGAGCGCUCAGUGAAAGAGAGGGAACAAGCUGAGAAGCUUCUGGAAUAUCAGAAUGUGAGAGGAGGCCGUAUUUUGCUCCAGACUAUUGCUAAACCAAGUAGAGAGGAUUGGAGAGGUGGUCUCGAUGCCAUGUCCUUUUCUCUGGACCACCAGAAGUCCCUCAACACCUGUGUUCUUGACGUGCACCGCAGAGCGGGUGUCAACACUGACCCUCAUCUGUGUGACUUCCUUGAGCAGCACUUCCUGGAGGACAGCCAUGACACCAUUAAGAAGCUGGGCGAUUACAUUGGAAGCCUGACUCGCUUGACUGCGUCUGACACACAGGGAUCGAUGGGCGAAUACCUCUUUGACAAACACACCCUGUAAAGGUCACAGCAGCACAGCGACAUAUGUUUCCAAAGGGAAACCGUUGCUUACAGUGUGUAUUUACUUCCAUUAAAACUACAACACGACACUCUAGACCAAACUUCAUUCUUGUACCAGUGGCAAAAGAGAAGUUAAAAGCAAAGUAACGAGAAAUACCUCUUUUUUUUCUUGAGAAAUACAUUAAGUAACUAUUUUCAUAAGCUAAACAACUUGGGUCAUUUUUAUCAUGUGUUGUUCAUUCCAUCGUGUCAGAGGUUUUAAAGAAAAAAAGAAAUUUGAUGAAUAUGGUGCUAUCAAAUAAAGAUAAAUUAUGCUGAUACCUUGUUUUGUUUUUUGUUUUUCUCCCUAAGUCAUAUGUUAUACUGUUAAACAGGUGGACACCUGA